CAGCACGUGCAUUCAUUGAAAACAGACUAAACUCCAGUCGUGAGGGUAGCCAUGACGACCAAGGAGGCCGAUAGCAGGGUGUAUAAUCGGAAGAUCAAGCCCCGACAGUCAUCUGACAACUCAAGCUCUGCUGGCAAUCAUGAUGAGGUGGUGGAAGAAGAUGCGAGGCAGUGGGAACGAUGUACUGAGAAGAUCAAAAUAAAAGUCAUGGAGCAGGUCCAGGAUCAGCUCAAUGAAAUUCUAGACAGAGUUCUGACUGAGUCCGUCCAGUCCCUCUCCAACACCCAGUCAACAGUAAAUGGAAAGACAAAAAAUAUAAGCUCAUCCAGAUCUCAGAGAAUGGAUGAUGGCAAAGUGUUUAUGGCCAGGGCGUCACUGCUGGACGAACUGUUCGAGAUCAGCCACAUCCGGACCAUUUACCACAUGUUCAUAGCUGUUCUCAUCAUUUUCUUUUUGAGCACUCUGGCUGUUGACUACAUCGAUCAGGGCAGGUUAGUGUUGGAGUUUGACCUGCUGUUCUACGCCUUUGGGAAGCUGGGGACGGUCACUGUAGCCUGGGCCAUCAUGUUUUCUUACACCCUGAGCGUUCCCUAUUACACCCUGCUGUUUUGGGGCUCUUUGUACCACAAAGUCCCCUCCAAGAUGGGGCUGUCUCUGGGGAUGGGGCUGAUCCUGUAUCUCAUACAGACCUGGAUACUUGGAGUCUUCCCCAUCUAUGUUGUUGUGCACCACCAGUUGCCACCUGCAUCGCGGUUUAUUGUGAUACUGGAACAGAUUCGAUUCCUGAUGAAAACCUACUCGUUCUUAAGAGAAACGGCUCCUGUUAUCAUGAAGAAUGCUCCAAAGGAAGGAGAAAAUCACAGAUUCCCAACAUUUUCCAGCUAUUUGUACUUCCUCUUCUGUCCAACGCUCAUUUACAAGGAAUCAUACCCUCGAAAUCGCCACAUACGAUGGAACUAUGUUGGCAUUACUCUUGGCAUGAUUUUGGGGUGCCUGUUCUACGGCUACUUUAUCCUGGUGCGUCUCUGCAUGCCGGUCUUUAGAACCCAGACCAACGUGCCUUUCAGUAAACGAACAAUGGUUUUGGCUAUUUUUCACUCUAUAUUACCAGGAAUAAUGCUCCUCCUGCUGUGUUUCUUUGCCUUCCUGCACUGCUGGCUCAACCUCUUCGGGGAGCUCCUGCGUUUUGCUGACAGAAUGUUCUAUAAGGACUGGUGGAACUCUACGUCUUUUGCUAACUAUUACCGUACCUGGAACAUAGUGGUUCAUGACUGGCUGUAUUACUAUGGCUACAGGGACUUUCUUUGGCUGUCAAAUAGGAAAUUCCGAACUGCUGCCAUGCUCUCGGUUUUCAUAGUCUCUGCUGUCGUUCACGAGUAUGCUUUGACCAUGGGGUUCGGCUUCUUCUACCCAGUCAUGUUCUUGCUCUUUGCCGUCUUUGGAGUGGCAUUCAACUUCACCAUGACCGACAAGCGACAGAGCCCUGUCUGCAACAUCAUCAUGUGGGUGUGUCUCUUCAUCGGUCAGGGUGUGCAGGUGUGCCUGUACUGCCAGGAGUGGUACGCCCAGAUAUACUGCCCACGGACAGGAAAUAGCUUCUGGGAGCUGGUGAUGCCUCGAUCUUGGUCCUGCAGCUACCAGAGAUGAGGCCAUCCCUCUCGCAGGCAGGAGGAAUAAAUGAUGAAGUCUGAAAGUCUGAAAAUGAAGAUGUAGCUCUG